UGUAGCAGUGGAGGAAGCGGUAGUGAUGUCUGGGGUUACACGAUGUCUGCUGCUUACUGCAGCCGUAGCUGCCGCCAUGCCUCCGAGUGAUCAGCCGUUCAACCCCAAGGACUUCCUGGCACCGACGGCGCGGCAGGAGACACCGAGGGAGACCUUCAACGGGUUCCCUGAGAACUUCGCUCACAACCUUCCUACCCAGGAGUUCAUGGGAGACUUCGCAAGAAGAACUAAACGACAAGCUGGUGUUACUUCGACCAUCGACGGUAUACUGAGCGCUCCCUAUGGAGGUUUACCUGCCACCAACCACCUGCAGGCCCUCCUCAUCCGCAACGCCAAUAUCCGGCCCCCCAGACAGUCUGUGGGACCCCGACGCCCUAAAAGGCCCCCACCACAACCCUUCCCUUCCAUCUCCCCACCCACCUCCCAGUCCACCGCAGUAGGUCCCCCUAGAUUCCAGCCCCAGUUCGUCCGGCCACAGCGGGACACUGUUACUAGUUCCCUCUCCCCAACUCGCCAGCAUCCUCUUAACAGACCUCCAAACUUUCAAGUAAUUCACGAACGUUUCCCUGAAAUCUCUUCCUCCUCACCAGAUUCUUCAUCCUCUUCAGAUACUGCUCCUUCCCCACAGUUCUCCUCUCCUUCAUCUUCCUCUUCAAGGUUCUCUCCUUCAUCUUCAGCUAGGCUCUCUGAAUCAUCUUCAGCGAGAAUCCCUCAUGCACCGUCGUCUUCCCCAUUGACUUUUUCCUUUCCAUCCUUCUCUCCUCCACAGCAGUUUUCUCCCUCUGCUCGGGAGAGACCCGUCCAAUCCCCGGAGCCCUUUUCUUUCCCAUCUUUCACAGGACAACAGUUUGGCUCUUCAGACUUCGACUCCUUUGAGUCAGCAAGACUGCCAAGACAAAGGCGAGACGCGAGGGAAGGGCAGGACGUGUCUUCUCAACUCGGCCAGACCAUAGCCUCUCCAGGGGAAGACGCCGAGGCUGCAAGGCAGGACAGUGCUGGCUUCAUAGUAGGUAAGCCGGCAUCCUUCCCCGGCUUCCACUCCAUAGGUGGCUUUGGUCCCAUGGACGCCCUGGAGAAGGGCAACGCUGCUGGUAGCUUCAUGGAAGACAUCAGCUUUCCCUCAGUCGACAUUCCGGAUAUCAACGAGAAACAGCCCCAGUUCUCACCUCAGCAGUUUCAAAAGCAGGUUAGUUUGGUACGCGAUGUUCCCAAGCACCAGUCACAGCCUGUGUCCCCCCACCAGCAGGCUGCCUCAUUCUCUCCAUCCUCAGCUGACCACAGUGAGGACGACUUCCAAUUUAUAUUUCCCCACGACACCGACUCAGAUUACGACACAGAUCCAUUUCCCCCAUCACCGCCUUCACUCAACACAAUCCCCACCACCGCCGGCUACAGCCCUGUCCGGCCUGUGUUUCACAGGGGAAAGCCCAAGAAGGUUAACAGGAGUCCCUUCAGCAGCUUUCUUACCCCCUUCCGUGAGCGGGUGAGGCCCUCCCGCCACCUCAGCACUUCUCAGAGACAGGCACUAGACGACCCGGCCCUUCACCGUGAAGACCCGCCAUUAGUGAGCAUCAGUAAUAAUCAGACACGGGUCCGCAGGGAAGCUGACGAACAAGACUCAAGUGACCCAGCUAACAUACCCCACAGACGAGUUCAUCGGGUACAAGUUGAGCCCCAGAUCCCUCACAGUCGAAACCCGAGACAGUUUGAGGCAGUGAGCAGCAGUGAAGCUUCUUAUUACGAAAUGCCACAUCAUUUUGAGUCGCUUCGAUUUCCUGGCUUCGGCGAAAAGAAGGUAACUCCUGAGGGAAGGAGCACUGGGCACUCUGAAGAAGGCAGUCCUCUUCCCGUACAGUAUUCAUCGGAUUUCAAAGUUGAGGCAGACAAGGUUGAAGUACACACUCCUGAUGAUGAUAUAAUAAUUCCCGAGGGCCAGAGUUUUUAUCCUUCAUUUAAUGGCCAUCCUCUUCCUAUCCUCCCGUCACUUCACCCAGCCUUUUUCCCACCUGCUCCCUUGCCCGCAAGAGUCCUGGGACCCAGGGGAGGGAGAUUUCUUCCUCGUAGUCCGGCGUUUCGGGAAAACCCAAUUCAGAGGGAGCAGUCGUCAUUAAGGGAUCUCCGCAAUGCUUUCCACAGCUCAGGUACACGAGAGGCUCUGCACAAGCCGGACUUUUCUUUCCCAACUAGUAACCGGCCGUUCCACCGUGAACACGAACACGAAAAUAAUGACAAUUCUCUGCUCGGGUCCGGGAACUUCGAAAUCCUACGAGGUGGCACCUUUUACGAUGAAGAUGACCCCAACGCCUAUCACAGCGAGUACGACCAUCUACUAGAUGAUAGUUACGUGGUCUUCCCUGGUUCUCAGAUAGCACCACACACAAACAAUUAUGUGGACGACUUCUUCUCCAACUUCAGGGACUUUUCCGAAUUCGCUGUUCGAAAAGCUGACGAAGGAGAAUCCAAAUAUCUGGAUGAUGGUACGUUCUUCGGCAGCGGAUAUGCGUCCGAACAAGUUCAUCAGGUUCUUGAUAGUCCUCAGUCAGAGACUUCCAGCUUCAAGACAGAAGAUCCUGAACUAGGUUACAGUAAAGAAAUAAAAAGCAUCGUUGUAAAUGAAGAUAAAACAAAAGAGCAACAGAAGCAAAGAAAUUCUAGUAUAGAAGUGACAUCUAACGGCAACAGCGCACGCAGAGUUAAUGAAAACAACGACCGACAAAAACAUAGACAAGCUAAAAAUAUACAAGAAGUUUUGGAGGACAUAGAUCCACAUCCGAGUGAACGUGUGUCCUCCUCCUUGACUGUAGAUGACAAAGAUCCAAUGCUGGCAGUGUUUUAACACCACUCACCAAAUCACCGUAACCCACCCAACUGACUUGUUUAAAUGUGUGUACAGUCUGUGUGCUAGUCUAUGUAUUGUGUCAUGAGAGGAAACAAAGAUAGGUAUUUGUGAAAUAGCACUACACAACGUGACCUGAGGAAAGGUUUUGUGGUCUCUCAACCCUCUGUCUCGAGCAGAAUUGAUGUAGGUUCGUGUUGCCUUGUGUUUUGUGGUACAAGAACCUAAAGGAAUCGGAUGCAUUAUCCAUGUAUUUUAUUUCAGUAUAUUUCGUUUCGAGCAGAUUUUAUGCAUCAAAUAUAUUUAUAUAAUAUAUAAUUUUGUACCUCACGUUAAAGGCACUGAUCUCUACGAUUUCAUGUAAUGUCAUUCUUUGUUGUAGUCUCUGCCAUAAAAUAAUUAUUAUAUUAGUUUGGUAAACUGUUAAUUCCCCUGAGCACCCAGAGCUGGUCUCCUCGUGCUCAGAUAAUCCAUUUCUAUGACUUGCAGGAAAAAAAAAAGGUCGCAAAACAAAGCAUGGCAUUCUCAUCAGAAAGUUAAGUCUGUUGAUGCUGUUUCAUCUCGUUCGUCAAUACUUUUAUUAUAUGAGAUAUUCAUUCACUAGUCGUGUGCUGGGCGCACGGUCUGUUGUCAGCCAAUAAAAUCAAAACUGCAGGCUAUAUUAAUACAAUAUGCCGACUUUAAUUUUAGUGUCAUAAGUGGCUUCAUCUUAGCAUAAACAGGAAGUUCAGUGACGCAUAGGAUAUGCGCACCGAGUGCUAUAUCUUCGAGUAUAUAUUCAGAAUUUUCCUUGAAUCCCUAUUCGAGGGAUUAUAGCAAUUUUGAUUUGUGUUGAACAGGUGACAUGCAGCAUUAAUGACCCUUCUGUAGUUGAUAGGCUUUAAACUCAACCAACCAGUUCAGUGACAAAGAUAUAUACACUGAGAGGUGUGUAUCUCUGUGUAUAUACUCUGCUAGGUUAAUCCUUUUACGGAUUAAAAACUUUUUGACUGGUGUUGAACAGGUUAGCAGCAGCCUUAAUGACCUUUGUGUAAUAGAUAGGCUUUUAAACCCAAUUAACAAAUCAACCAGACAACCAGUUUGGAUGUUUUUUAGUUCAAGAUAAUGAGGUAAUUCCAAUAAAGAAUAAAGAUAU